UUUUAUAUAAAUGCAUGCACACCCAAAAAAAUUCCAUCUUCAUUAUUCCAUGGCUACCGCAGGAGCUGCCGAUGGUUUUGUCCGGCCUGUCUAUGAGGGUUGCAUCUCCGGUGGUGACUCGGAGGUCGAGCGCCGGCCGUACCAUCGAAACUGUGGAUGUGCCCUACAUAGCAAGAGCAAUAACAAAGGAAAUAAUUAUAAUUGUCCCAAUGGAUCUCCUAAGUGCAAGAAUAAUGUGUCCUAUCCUAUAAAGAAGUCUUGGAGUGAAGGCAACUUGGCCUUGGGUGCUUCUCAUCAUAACUCUUCUCCUUCUGCUUCGCCAUUGAUGGAGCUUGGAGGAAGAAGAUCUUACGGUUUCAGGUUUAGUGGACGGUCAGUCGUUUAAGAGGGCUGGAUUCUAUUUGGGCCAAAGCCGAAUAAAACUUAAUUCGACAUCAAAGUGAAGCUAAAAAGGCAAGUUUGAGACUGCUUUGAGAUUAAUAAGUUGAUAAGAAUAGAAUUCAGUUUGAAUUAUGGAUUGAUCUGAG